UACUUCAUUAUAGUUGUCUCCUAGCCUAGUGUUAACGGCAGUGGUAACAACGAAACCAUACCAAACGAAGGUUUACAGCAAAGUGACCUAUAAUUGUUACUUUUGUUUAAAUUUUAAGGUUUCUUUUUUGUCUGUUUGGCUUUGGUUUCGUUUUCGUUUUCUUUUUGCUGCUGUGUUGUAUUCCACGAGGCCCCGGACUGUUUCCAGAAGGUUGAAGAAGAUCAAAACAGACGACAGACAUGGCUCUUGACACGCUAGGCAAUUCCGCCCUACCAAAUGCCUUCAGAUUCUUCUCACAGUUCAUCGACAAUGUCGCUGACACGGAAGCGCCCCAAGUGUCGGGACAGUUACAGAAUUUUAUGGGCCGCUUUGAUACCACGAUACCACCCGAGCUCCAGAGUACGGCUCGAAACCUGAAAGCGAUUGCUAGAGCGUUCGCCAACUCUGAGUAUCGAGAGCAAGUGCGACAGCAGGCUGUUGAGAUAAGCAACAACCUGUCAGCGAACAGUCUCUUUGACAUUCUGCGGAUGAUUCUUACCGUAACCGACACGAGACAGCUAGCAGAGCACAUAGUUGUUGCAUUCUACUUCCUGUUUGACAUCCUGUGCCGAAUGGCUUCGAGAUCCUGGGGCCAACUGCGUCAGGCCUUUGACUGGUGUUAUGAGGGCAUCAGGGGGGUUGUCGAUCCUUUGGUUGAGAACGCUGGAGGAUGG